AAAACCACUGAGAUAGUCAUCUAGUUCAAAAAAAUAAAAAUUCCGAAACCCCGUUCUCUCCCCCGCGUCCUCCCCCGCGUCGUCUCCCCGCAUCUCCGCCCAGCAGCACUGUUCUGCGGCGUCAGCUCAGCUGCCUCCACCGUCGUCUGGACUCCAGCGCCGCUACGUACAGCCGCCCGAGACGCCCCUCCCGCGUCUCCAGACUCCAGAUUGAUCCGCCCCACCCACCUGCGACGCCUUCCACCGCCACUCGACCUGUGACGCCGCAAGAACACGUGCCGCAAUAUAGGUAUUAAUUAUAUUGAUUGUCUAAACAAGGUCUGACAAAAAUGCGGGGAUAUGAUAGAGAUGAAUUGCAUGGAGAAGUUGAAGAUUAUGAUGAGUAUGAGGAGGAAGGGUCAGAGCUAGAGGAAGAUCCUGGAGAGGGGGGGGAGGGAUAUGAAGAGGAAGAUCCGAAGCCUACCAGGGAGGAAUUAGAGUAUCUAGAGUUGAGGCGAAGAUUGAAAGAGCAAAUCAGAAAGCAGAUGAAAAAGGAUAAUGAUACUUCUAUAAAUGUAAAUGGUUCAAAUGAGAAGAAGAAUAAGAAACUUCCAUAUGAUAAUUUUGGAUCCUUCUUUGGCCCUUCUCAACCAGUAAUUGCCCAAAGAGUAAUACAAGAAAGCAAGUCAUUGUUAGAAACGGACCAUUUGGCAUCUAGGCUUUCGAACUCCCUCCAUGGCCACAAAAAGGACACUUCAACGUCUAAAGGGCCAAAACUUGGAUCGCGUUACCAGCUACCGAAAGUAAAAAAUGAGUUAAAGACUAAAGUCGAAAAACUCAAGGAUACAAGAGAUUAUUCAUUUCUUUUAUCCGACGAUGCAGAGCUUCCUGCUUCUUAUAAAGAGCCUCCGCGUAGAAAUGUCUCCUUUCCAAAUCAUGGUCAUGAGGCGCGAGCAUCUCACGUGCCGACGAAGAAGAGUAUAGAAGCUUCGGGCAACAGUGGCAGACAUGAAGAAAGGAAAACUGUUUCUAUGAAUGGUCAGUUCUAUUCUAAACCAGGGUCCAAGUUGACUUCUGCUAGUAAGACAGCAGAUUCUAGAAAACAACUCGGUAGCAACAUUGGAAAUGGGCCAGGACGGCCUGUGGGGCCAAAAGCCUUGCCUAUAAAGAACCCUGUUGCUACCAUGGACAAGAAGGCUGCCAUGGAGAAGAAAGUUUCUGCACCAGCUGCUAAAAAUUCCUUGCCUGGAAUGCAGAGAUCAUCUUCACAAGUGCACUCAUCUGCUCCGAAGCAGCCCCUAGAACAAAAAAAGGGACAACAAGAGUCUAAUAAAUCUAAAAUGGUGGUGCCAAAACAGCCAUUGACAUCGUCAAAACCAAAGAUGAACAAGCCGCAAAAGCAAAUUUCAUCACAUCCGACUUCCAGGGACCAUCGACCCUUGAAAAAGCCAAGGCCUGUGAGUCGGUAUUCUGAUGAUGACGAUGAUGGUGUAAAAGCCAUCAGUAUGAUCAGACAAAUGUUCAGGUACAAUCCCAACAGAUACAAGGAUGAUGGUGAUGAUAGUGAUAUGGAGGCAAACUUUGCGGAUAUAAUGAGGGAGGAGAAAAGAAGUGCAAAAAUUGCAAGGGAGGAGGAUGAAGAGCAACUUAGAUUGAUAGAGGAAGAAGAAGAAAGAGAGCGGCUGGCACGGUUGAGAAAAUUAAAAAAGCGUUAGCUGGGCCAGGAUUGACCAAAGUAACAUCUUUUAGGACAUUGUCUGCUUAAUUAAUUUCCUAUUCUUUUUGUAUCACCAUUUUGUUUAUAUAUAUACAUAUAUUUAAUUUUA